ACAAUGUUUCUGGUGGGCAAUCUAUCAAACAGUCUCUGAGCAGCAUUUAUGCAACCAAAUCUCCAAUACAUAUAAAUGAGAGAUGUUUCUACAAAGACAUUGACAUCCAAGUGACAUUGAAGCAAGACACGAUGCAAUGAUUUCCCAAUCUGAGUCAAACCCUAGUUACCAAUGGCAGGGAGGAUGCUCGUGAUGGUAACCGCAUUGGGCAGGAACCCACUCCUCUUCAUCUCGUAGAAGACCUCAAAAGCUUCCAUAUGGAGGUCAUAUUUGGUCAUUGCAGAUAUCAAAAUCGUCCAUGAAACCACGUUUUUUUUCUUAAUUCGACAAAAAUCUGCUCCGCCACGGCCAUGAGACCAGAAGAUGCGUAACAGUUCAUCAAUCUGUUUGCAAGAAAGAUGUUGCUGGCAAGACCUAAUGUAAUUAUGUGGGUGUGAACUUGUUGAAGGGGCUUCAGUCCUCUAAGUCCUUUCAGUCCUCUAAGUCCUUGAAGGAUAGAAGCGUAAGAUGGAGAUUGGUGGGCUAUCGACUUCAUUGAGUUUAAUCUGAGAUUCGGCAGCUAAAAUUGAUGAUGAUGAUACAGAGAUCAUCAGACAUUUCUAAUGGAGAUUGUUCUGUUAUAAUUUUUACCUUUUCUGGGGAACGGGGAACCGGGAACCGGGAACCGGGAACCGGGAACCGGGGCCCGGGGCCUGGGGUUAAUCUUUAUAUACUUUUCCAUGCUCUUUUCCUAUUUAGUGCUUCCCUUUUCCUUUUAUCCUUCUUCCUUGUUUCAGUGUUCUUCGGAGUAGCAAGCACAAAAUGGAAGAAACGUGCAUUCACGAAUACGUUUACUGGGCGGAAUUCCAGUCCAAGCGAUUCUACCAGAUUCUGCCCCAGGGUUUUAAUCGACAGCUCAGAAUACCCAGUAAGUUUGCUCAGAAUGUGAAGGAGCUCUCCGGGAUUGUUAGUUUGAAAGGUCCUGCUCGGAAGAUUUGGAAAGUGGAGUUAGUCAAGAGCCAAGAGGGGUUGUGUUUCCAAAAUGGAUGGUCACAGUUCGUAAGAGACAAUUUUCUGGAAGCAGGGAAUCUCUUGGUGUUCAUAUACAAUGGGCAUUUACAUUUCGAUGUCUCCAUUUUCGACCACGAAAGCUUCUGUGAGAAAGCAUGUUCCUUUUUCGUCGGUGCUUGCCGUGUCACCGGAAGAUCAAGGGACGACUCUGAAGAAAUCCCACCUUCCGCCCGAAUUCACCAUAGUCCCUCUGAGGCUCCUGCUGCAAGGGAUGGGAGACCAAUCCCGAGUCGGAGUACUAAACCCCUCUCCACCAAGCGGAAAUUCAGGAGUGAUGAAGGCGAAAUUUCUGGUUCUGGUUCGUCUUGUGAUGAAGAAGAUGGAACUCCUCUGGGCUUCAAGUACAGUGUUCGUGAACAUAAAUCGGGUAGAAGGCCUGCAACUAGGGAAGAGAAGAAAAAAGUCCGGCAGUUGGCCGACGAGGCCUUUGCUUCUUCUACAGAUGAAAGCUUCUUGGUGGUCAUGAAAAAGUCCCAUGUUUAUAAGUCAUUUCUGUUGACGAUCCCUUUUGACUUUGCUCUGAAGCAUUUUCCUCCUAAGGACAAAUAUUGCAUUCUGUGUUGUGAAGGCCGUAACAGGACUGUCAUGUUUAAAGCCAGACAAAACCCUGCUGGUGGAGGGUUUUCGAAGGGUUGGGCUGAUUUUGUUCUGGAGAACAACAUAGAGAAAGAUGACAUCUGUUUCUUUGAGUUUGUCAAGCCAGUGCAGAAGCAGGAUAAGCUGGACAUUAUCUUCAACGUCCGCAUCUUUCGAGCGGUUGAAGAGAUCAUUCCACUUACUUGCUGCAGAACUCCUUUCCUAGGCAUCAGGGGAAGGAAAACUCAGAGAGUUGGGGCUCGUAGUUGUGGUCACGGGCGAGGGAAAAGGCAGUUGCGUUCGUUAAGUUGUGUGCUUUCCUCUGUUUCUUCUCAAUAGAAGUUGUUAAAAGAAGGCAAAAAAAUACAUGAUAAACAUUCCAAAACUUGGCAAGAUCUCCCUCUGGCUGGGGUUGACUAAGGUUGGUUGUUGCCGCUGGGUUUGUGCUUCAACAGUUGGAUUUGGCUUCAGCAGUUCAGAUGGCCCCCAUCCAACUGCCAAAAUUGACAUUAGAUUGAUUUCAGUUCAUAUGUUAUUUACAUGUUCCCUGUGCUGUAACUAUAUUUUAAUCUGGCUCCAUGAUUGUCAUUUUGGACUUUAUCCUCUGUUUUCGUAUGAGAUACCUACUCAAAUGCGAGCCGAUGUGUUACAUGUACCAUAGAUAGGCUAUUAACUACAAUGAUUUUGUACUUUAGGUCAUGACUUCCAUGAAAUGUGGCACUUUAGUGGCUUUGGUUGGCUAUACUGCCUAUGGAAUGAAUGUACUCCCUGGAUCUUCCCAGCA